GUGCGUACUACGUUACUACUGCGUGUACUGUGUGUCAACUUGCCAGUCAAGUUUCUAGCGCACUGCUGGUCGGGUGUUAGUCUCUGUUUUCCAGUUGUGUUCUCAUUCGUUUUCGAUAUUUUCAAAAAAUUAUACCAAUAGUGCCGUAGCUAAAAUUGCAUUUAUACAUAUGUGUGUUCAUUCCGUGUUUUACACCAAGAGCAAUAAUUACCGUCUCUGUUAAGCAAUAUAUUAUACCAAAAACAUUUACGUAUAAGUUAUCGUUUUGUGUUACUAAAAAAAAAAAAAAACUGUUAAAAUGUUUAACGGAAUCACUAGUCAGAUGAGUAGCUGGAUUGGUAAAAAGCAAGAAGACGUAGAAGAAACUGUACCAUCGCCAAAGACUGAACUGCCUGAAGAGUAUAAUAUUGAAAAAAAAGAAGAUCUAAGUCCAACAAAACCGCCCAGUAAACUAGAAUUAUUGGGUAAUGUGAAAAAUCAAAUGUCCAGUUGGUUAGGAAGUGGCAUAUCCGGUCUGCGUAAAAGUGACAGCGAAGUUGUCCCAGAUCCACCAGCAGAACUUCUACAAGAAGCUGCCAAAGAGAGUUUUAAAGAAAAAGAAGAUGAUAACUCCAGUGCUACUGGAGAUCCAGAUACUCCUAUUUCAGAAGGAGAGGAUGAUUUGGGCAAUACUCAAGGAGGAAAUGUAUCGACUAAAGCUCUUCAGGGAGCAAAAUCGAUAGGAAGCUUCUUAUAUAGUGCUGUGAAUAAAGCUGGAAAAACAGUCAGUGAAGCAGGAGCUAAAAUCAAGAAAACUGUUGGAGAAAAUGGUAUACUUGGGGAAUUAAACAAAGAACAAGAGUCAUUUUUAAAGGAUAAAAAAGAUAGCGAUGUUGCUGCUGUUCCACCUUGGAUUGGUCAUCCUAAUGAAGAAGCUGUUAAAGCUGAAUGUCUUGCAUUAUCUACAGAUAAGCGUAAUUUUGUACGCAGCCCUCCAAUAGGUGUAGAUUUCAGUUUCAAUUAUGAAACUUCAUAUCCUGUUGCUUUGGCUAUUUUAGCCGAAGAUCCAAACUUAGAGAAAAUGCGAUUUGAUCUUGUACCCAAAAUAAUAAACGAAGAAAGUUUCUGGCAAAACUAUUUCUACAGAGUCAAUUUAAUUUGCAAUGCAAGCAAUUUGGAAUCACUAGAAACAACAGAUUACAAAACAGCAACAACAAAUGUCAAUUCUGAUUUGACAGACACCGUGAAAAAUGACACUUAUGUGAAAGAAUCAGAGUUUGUAUCCGACACAUUUGCAGAACAUGAUACAAAUGAAAUAAAUGAAAUAAGGAAGAGUUUGAAAGAAAGUUUGGGCGUUGAGUCUUCAGAAAAUGGAUAAAAGACAAUGUGAGAAAUUAUUUAGAUGUACUUUUACAAAUAGUUUUACAUUAUCACACGUAUGUUAAUAAUAUAAGUCAUAGGUAAUAUUAAUUAUUGAAUGAAUGCACAUAGUAAAAUAUUCUCAUCAAUUAUGGAAAAUUAAAUUAACAAACAUAUUAUGCAUGGUCAUUAAGUCCAAAAAUUAUUAAAGAAAAUAAAAUGUUUUUUAAAUUUAAUCAUUUUUUUUUAAUAUUGAAAAAAUGGUUUUAAUUAAAAUUAAAACAAACACAUAGUAUUUUUUUUAUUAAUUUAUUGAUUUCAUGCAUAUGUAUGGUUUAUUAUUUAUACUAUAUUUGUUUAUAAUUUGAUACUGCACUAUAUUUUAUCAUGUAUCCUUAUUUUUUUAUGAUAACUAUUUAUUUUAUUUGACAUCCAAUUUAUUUAGUAAAAAUGUAUUUAUUCCAUCUGAAUUGCAUGGUGACUUCAUUCAAUUUACAUUUUAUUAUUUUACAUAUUUUAUUAAAAUUAUUAUUUUAUAUUUAAUUCCUCAAAGUUCUAAUUUUAUUAAUUGAUACAUGCAAUUGGUAAGUAAAAUUAUUAUACUACUGAACGAGUUUAAUGACAACAUUUGUAGAUGCCCUUCUUCUUAACUAUUGUACUAGGAAUUAGGAUUAAUAUUCAAUAUGCUUAUUUUCUAACAUACAUGAAAUUCAUUCAAGUAUGUGUGUAGACUGAAUGUAUUUCUAAACAAAUAUGUGUGUGUGUGUGUGUAUUGUGUUAACAGCUUGAAACGAUGUCAACAAAUUGCAACCACAAGACGACUUUCUUUAAGCGCUUCGCUUCCAUUCCCCCAAAAAGCGUAUUUUCUCUUCUAUUCGCUUUUCCUAUAUCCUUAAUGUGCAAUAAUAAUUUAUACCUAUAAGAUCUAUAAAUAUUUUUCCUAUCCUUGUGUGUUUAUUAAAAAUUUUCGGACCCGGUUUGUAGAAGAACAUUGGGAAAAUGAGUUGGAGGCAGAAUUACAAGAGUACGAGAUUGUCAAGAACAAUGAUGAUGGCCAAACAGACAAUACAAAAACUGGAUCCGGUGAACUAUAUGACCUCAAAUAAUUGUUUAUUACAUAGCUGUUAGGUCUCAAAAAUAUUGUUAAAUAUUGAUUUUUUAAGGCUGGUGUUCUAAUGUAGAAUUUAGACUAAUUAAGUAAUGAUUGACUGUUUUAAAUUUUAUUAUUUACAACAUUAAUUCUAUUAUAUAAUAUACCAUACCUAACCAAAAAUUAAUUACCAUAAAUGGUUACUUAAUAAAAAUUACUUUCAUGUUGUUAAAUUAGUGAUAAUUUAUUAUUAUUAUUAUUAUUAUUAUUAUAUAUUAUUAAAUUAUUAUUACAAUACAAUUUAUUAAACAUGAUUAUUAUAAUACCUUAUAAAACAAUUUGUUUUUAUUAUUUAUUUUUGUAGCAUAAUACAUCUAAGAUACAUAAUAUAUUUCAGACUUAAAAACAAAAAUCAUAAGAAUACAUAAAAAAUAUUAAAUUAAUAAACAUGUACCAUACCAUAUAAAAAUCUGUUAAUAUAAAGUUAAGGAUAAUUAUUCAUUUUAAUAUACUAAUUUAGUGCAUUUGUAUGUAAUACGGAACCUUAAUACUAGAUUAGUAUACUACAUAGGUAUGUCUACGACGAGUUUACAGCUGCCUAAUAUACUUAAUUUAUUUGAAGCUUAUAUAUUUAAAUUUGUAGUUAAUCUACUAUGUACCUAAAAGCUAAUUUGUUCACAUGGAGUUAAAGUAUUAUGUUGGUUAUUGAUAUUCAUAUCAUUCAUUAUUAAUUUUUUGUGACUAUAUUAAUAGUAAAAUAAACUGCUAAGUGUUAUUUGAAAGUUUAAAAAUUAAAACAUAUAACCACUGAUGUAAA